GUCACAUCAGUUGUGGAAGGAGGGAUGCCAGCAGAGAGCGGGAGCAGCAACGCCACUCGCCAGGCAAAGCAGAAAAGAAAGUCCCACAGCCUGUCCAUCCGCAGGACCAACAGCACCGAGCAGGAUCGCUCCGGCCUGCAGAGAGACAUGCUGGAGGCACAGUCCUCUGAUAAUCCGGAACUCUGCGUGAGAAUUGAGGAAUCCAAACUGCCCCUGCAUGUGAGGAGCAAUCUGCUGGACCUCUUCAGUCAGAUCGAGAGGGAGUUUGAGAAUCUCUACAUAGAAAACCUGGAGUUGCGUAGAGAAAUCGAAACGCUGAACGAUCGAUUAGCUGCAGAAGGACAGUCCUUUGAAGGAGCAGAUUUAGCUAAAGGAGCACUUAAAACAAAAGCCAGCCAUAGCACCAGUCAACUCUCUCAGAAACUGAAGACGACCUACAAAGCAUCUACUAGUAAGAUUGUGUCCAGUUUCAAAGCGACCACAUCCAGAGCGGUGUGCCAGCUAAUCAGGGAGUAUGUGGCCCACAGAGAUGGCAUCUGGGACCUGAGUGUCACUAGGACCCAACCUAUGGUGCUGGGCACUGCCUCCGCAGACCACACUGCCAUGCUGUGGAGCAUUGAGACAGGAAAGUCUCUGCUGAAGUAUUUGGGCCAUCAAGGAUCAGUUAAUUCUAUCAAAUUCCACCCCAUUGAGCAGAUGGCGCUAACAGCUUCUGGAGACCAGACCGCCCACAUCUGGAGAUACAUGGUGCAGCUGCCGACACCGCAGCCUGUUACCGAGAAUACACAGACUUCCUGUGAAGACGACGUGGAAUGUUCAGACAAGGAUGAGGCCGACGGUGAGGCCGAGGGUCCAAAUGACUGCCCGUCCAUCCGUUCACCAAUCACCACGCUCCGCAGUCAUCAGGGCGUGGUGAUCGCUGCUGAUUGGCUGGUGGGAGGCAAGCAGGUGGUGACAGCCUCCUGGGACCGAACCGCUAACCUGUAUGACGUGGAAACGUCUGAGCUGGUUCACUCGCUCACUGGCCAUGACCAGGAGUUGACCCACUGCUGCACACACCCCACCCAGCGUCUGGUUGUCACCUCAUCCAGAGACACAACCUUUCGGCUGUGGGAUUUCAGAGACCCGUCCAUCCACUCAGUCAACGUCUUCCAGGGACACACAGACACGGUGACGUCGGCUGUGUUCACAGUGGGAGACAACGUGGUGUCCGGGAGCGACGAUCGCACGGUCAAAGUGUGGGACUUGAAGAACAUGAGGUCACCCAUAGCAACCAUCCGUACUGACUCUGCUGUCAACAGGAUCAGCGUGUCGGUGAGCCAGAAAAUCAUCGCGCUUCCUCACGACAAUCGGCAGGUCCGACUGUUCGACAUGUCCGGAGUGCGACUGGCUCGGCUCCCACGAAGCAACCGACAGGGUCACCGUCGUAUGGUGUGCUGCUCCACCUGGUGUGAAGACAACAACACCUGCAACCUGUUCACUUGCGGCUUUGACCGCCAGGCCAUUGGCUGGAACAUCAACAUCCCUGCCCUGCUGCAGGAGAAGUGACCUCCUGCUGCCACCUUAAAGUGGUUAAAUCCACGUGGAGACUUUGAGAUGCGCUGUUAGCUGCUCAAGGUCUGUUGGAAGGUCUUUGAGAGCAAGAAGAGGCCUGUGGUUUGAACACGUUCUUGGUUGACAUGUUGUUUUGUGUUCUGUGAGAACUUGUUACCAUCUGAGUUUUGUUGUAAGUGGGCGGGGCCCCAUAGGCUGCGCAGAAAAGCAUAAUGCAACAGUUGGUUAAAACUGAAACCAAAUUAAGGCUAAAACUGAUGCUGCUGUCUUUCGCUGAUAAUUAAAUGGGAUUCUGUGUCGCUGGUCCAUGUCUCGGCCACAAACGCUCAGUGGGCGAGGGAUAAUUGUUGCCUCUGUCCGAUCACAAGUCAUGUGAUCUCUCUGGAAAAACAAGAAAGAAACAAGGGCAGCAGAUUUAUGUAAUCCAUUGAUAUACUGCUAAUUUAUCUGAUGAGGAUCUGGCUAGCUUGCACUAGUGUGCCUUGAUGGAGAGAGUGGUGACAUGAGUCAAAAAAAAAAAGUCAUAUGCCAU